AUGUCGUUAUUUGGAGAUCUGGUGGCUCAUAUGGCAGUAAUAGGACAGGCCUACCAAGGGCUUAUCACAAUAAAAGAAGCCCAUGACAUAGAAGCCAGACUUAAUGAAGUGGAAAAGCUUCUGAAGACUAUUAUAAACAUGCCCUGGAAGUAUUCAAGAUCUGAAGUUGUCCUCACAUUCUUUGAGAGAUCUCCUUUGGACCAAGUUCUAAAAAAUGACAAUGUCCAUAAGAUUCAGCCAAGCUUUCAAAGUCCAGUUAAAAUAUCAGAAAUUAUGCGGUCAAAUGGAUUUUGUUUAGCCAACACUGAAACAAUAGUCAUUGACCACAGUAUACCCAAUGGAAAAGAGAAGCACCUGGAUGUAGAUUCAGCAGAACACUUGUUUGAAAGUGUUAGUGACUUUACCUCAGAGCUGGAAGACAGUGAUGACCCAACAGCUUAUGUCACCAAUUUGACAUACUACCACCUGGUCCCAUUUGAGACUGAUAUUCUGGACUGA